AUGUCACAAGAGCUGAAGUCGUUUGAUGAAACACUCCAGCUUGCCAGAAGGUUUGAGACGGGACAGGAGCAAGCAAAGAUGAACAAUAACCUGGAGGAGGAUAUACCCACCUCGGUAAAGGUCAUCCGGAAAGCUGGAAGAGGCAACGCAGCGAGACAGCAGAGUCCGCGGAAGACGAAGCCCUGCUACCGAUGCGGUGGGACGAACCACGAUCAGGCAGACUGCAGAUUUCGCAAUCAGCCAUGCCGAAAAUGCGGUAAGAACGGCCACAUUGCGAAAGUUUGCAGAUCUGGUGCGGCAACGGGAAAGGGAACCCAGCGACGCAGUGGUAGAGUGGAAGCCGUAUACGACGUGCUGAACACCACCACUGGAGAAGGGGAUCCCAUCAUGGUGCAUCUAACGGUUUGCCGUCGGUCAGUUGCGUUUGAACUGGACACAGGAUCGGCGAAGACCAUUGCCACCAGGAAGAUGUGGAACGAAUUGAAACGACCGGACCUGUUCCCGUGCGACUCGAAGCUCCGUAGCUUCUCGGGACACGAAAUUCCAGUCCUUGGAGCUUGCUACGUGGGAGUUAAACGCGACGGCGGCAGUGAAGAACGGUUGAUGGAACUCAUUGUGGUCGAGGAAGGCACGAACGUCUUGGGAAGGGACUGGAUCACCGCGUUCAACCUCCAACACCACAAGAUGUCUGAACUGGCGAUUGGUCAGGUGCACGAGGAAAGGUCACUAGAAUCCAUACUGAAAGCGAACAAGAAUCUCUUUCGGGAAGAACUCGGAUGCUGCCGGACGUUCCAGGCGCAUCUCCACCUGAAGCCGGAUGCAGUGCCAAAGUACUGCAAGCCACGCCCCGUGCCCUUUGCGCUACGAGAGCCUGUGGAGAAGGACAUUGAGCGCCUCGAGAGACUGGGCGUCCUAGAACGGAUCGAGCGAUCGGCAUGGGCGGCGCCGAUAGUAGUGGUGCGGAAGCAAGGCGGAGCAGUGCGGAUAUGCGCGGACCUGAGCACCGGGCUCAACGAUGCCCUGGAUGUGCAGCGGUACCCACUGCCCUUGCCGGACGAGUUAUUUGCCAUUCUCAAUGGCGGUGAGGAAUUUACCACGAUUGAUAUGUCCGAUGCAUAUCAUCAAGUGCCACUGGAUGAAGCGAGCCGUGAGUUGGUUGCGAUAAACACGCAUCGCGGAUUGUAUCGCUACACUCGACUGCCGUUCGGAGUGGCUGCAGCGCCCAGCAUCUUCCAACAGAUGAUGGAAGAACUGCUGAAUGGCAUCCCGUACGUAGCUGUGUACAUGGACGACAUUAUAAUCACAGGCAGAACACGACGGGAGCACCUUGCAAAUCUGGCCGAAGUAGCCGAACGAAUGAACCGACAAGGAUUCACCCUGAAACAGCAGAAGUGCAACUUCCUUCAGCUGUCGGUAGAAUACUUGGGAUUCGUGGUUGACAGAAACGGCCGACAUGUGUCCGAAACAAAGAUUCGCGCGAUAAUGGAGAUGCCAGCACCGGUGGACGUUGCCCAGGUGCGAUCCUUCCUGGGAAUGAUCAACCAUUACGGCAAGUUCAUUCACCAGCUGGCGACCAAGACGUACUGCCUCAACGCCCUGCUGAAAGUGGACGUCAAGUGGGAAUGGUCAGGAGAAUGUGAUGGUGCCUUCCGCAGCCUGAAGGCGGAGCUGGCACAAGCUACAAUGCUGGUGCAUUACGAUCCUGCGAAGCCGCUAAUCCUCGCAGCGGAUGCGUCGCAGUACGGGAUCGGAGCGGUUAUCAGCCACCGCGGACCGAGCGGAGAAGACCAGCCCAUUGCCCAUGCAUCAAAGACGUUGACGCAAACUGAACAGCGGUACGCGCAGAUAGAGAAAGAGGCGUUGGCUUUAGUCUUCGGUGUGAAGAAGUUCGACCAGUACCUGGCUGGUCGGGAGUUCACACUCCUUACAGACCACAAGCCGUUGGUCACGGUGUUCGGCCGGAAGACUGGAAUUCCUGCGGUAUCUGCCAACCGCCUCCAGCGAUGGGCCAUUGCACUCAUGGCAUAUACCUUCACCAUCGAGUACCGGUCCACCGAUGACUUCGGGCAGGCUGACGGAUUGAGCCGGCUCCCCCUGCACUCGAAGGAUAUCUUCGAUGCCAAUGAUUGGGGAAUGCACGAAGCCAUACAUGCCGUCCAGAUGGAAGUGUUGCGUGAGACACCGGUGGACGCGAUGCAGAUCGCCAGUGAAACUGGUAAGGACCGUGUGUUAGCGCGGUGCCGUCACCUGGUGCUAACUGGAUGGCCAGACAAAGCGGCGCCGGACCUCCAACCGUACCACCAACGGCGGCUUCAGCUGUCCGUGGUUGCUGGGUGCAUCCUGUGGGGAGCGAGGACGGUCAUUCCGACGUCCCUCCAGCCAGCGCUGCUGAAACACUUGCACGCGACACAUGCCGGCAUGGUGCGUAUGAAGGCGGAGGCCAGAAGUCAUUUCUGGUGGCCUGGGUUGGACGCAGACAUCGAGCGACUGGCGAAGAAUUGCCCUGCCUGCAGUAUGGUGGCAAAAGAAACGCCGAAAGUGCCGUUGCAGCAGUGGCCAGUUGCCGAGAAUCCGUGGCAGCGCGUGCAUGUGGACUUCGCGGGCCCGUUCCACAACGAAAUGUUUCUCGUGAUUGUGGACAGCUUCUCGAAGUGGCCGGAAGUCAUCAAGAUGCGGCGGACGCAGUCCGGCGACGUGAUCGCCGUGCUGGAGCACUUGUGCGGCCGUUAUGGAUACCCGAAACAGCUGGUAACCGAUAACGGGCCACAGUUCACCAGUGCCGAGUUUGCAGACUACUGCAAAGAAAACGGGAUUGCACACCUGCGCACGGCGCCUGGACACCCGCAAUCCAACGGGCAGGCGGAACGUUAUGUCGGCGCAUUCAAGGACGCCAUGACCAAGAUGUUGGCCGACAACCGUGCCAACAUCGACGAUGCACUGCGGAAAUACCUAUUCAGGUAUCGUACGACACCGCAAGCCACCACUGGAAGUUCGCCCGAUGAGCUAUUCCUCAAGCGCCGAAUGCGCACAGCGCUGGAUUUGGUACAUCCAGACGCGAACGAGACACGGCAAGCCAACAUGGACCGUCAUAAACGUAACUUCGAUCAGCAUGCCAAAGCGAAAAACUUCCAUGGCGGACAGCUGGUGUUAAUCCCCUUGAUCCUGGAGAUUUGCAGGGCGUAUCAAGAAUAA